UUAACCACUUCCCUUGUAGUAUUACUUCCUCUUUCACUCAUAAAAAAAUAUCUUUGUGCCAUAUGGCUACAUUAGGUGACAAUAAGGACAAUGUUGUCGUAUCCAAUAUGAAACUUGAAAGAAUGCUUAGCAUGAAAGGAGGCAAAGGAGAGGCUAGCUAUGUCAACAAUUCUCAAGCACAGGGACAACAUGCUCGAUCAAUGCUGCACCUACUGAAAGAAACCCUUGAUGGGGUCCAACUAAACUCAUCUGAAAACGACAUUCCUUUCGUGAUGGUAGACUUGGGAUGUUCUUGCGGCAACAACACCGUUUACAUAAUCGACGUAAUUGUGGAACACAUGAGGAAGCGAUACGAAGCAACAGGUCAACAACCACCGGAAUUCUCCGCCUUUUUCUGUGACCUUCCUUCCAAUGACUUCAACACACUCUUUCAACUGCUGCCUCCGUUAGCUAAUAAUGGCAUGGAGGAAUGUUUAGCUUCCAAUAGCCAUCGAUCGUAUUUUGCUGCCGGAGUUCCAGGUUCCUUUUAUCGCCGUCUAUUCCCGGCCAGAUCCAUUGACGUUUUCUACUCCGCAUUUUCCUUGCACUGGCUUUCUCAGGUGCCGGAUGUAGUAUUGGAUAAGCAAAAUGUGGCGUACAACAAGGGAAAGAUAUACAUCCAUGGUGCAAAUGAGUGCACGACGAAGGCGUACAAAAUACAAUUUCAAAGUGAUUUGGCUAGUUUCCUUUGUGCAAGGUCUAAAGAAAUGAAGAGAGGUGGUUCCAUGUUCUUAGUUUGCUUAGGAAGGACCUCUGUUGACCCAACUGACCAAGGUGGGGCUGGACUCCUUUUUGGGACCCAUUUUCAAGAUGCUUGGGAUGAUCUUGUACAAGAGGGUCUAAUUACAAGUGAGAACAGGGACAACUUUAACAUCCCAGUGUAUGCACCAAGUAUACAAGAUUUUAAGGAGGUGGUUGAAGCCAACGGCUCAUUCACUAUCAACAAGCUUCAAGUUUUCAGGGGAGGGAGUCCUCUUGUUGUCAACCACCCCGACGAUGCAGCUGAAGUCGGACGAGCCUUAGCCAUCAGCUGCAGAAGUGUUAGUGGCGUACUUGUCGACGCUCACAUUGGUGAACAACUUGGUGACGAGCUGUUCACCAGAGUUGAGCGUCGAGCCUCACGCCACGCAAAAGAGCUCAUUGAAAAGCUUCAGUUUUUUCAUAUAGUUGCUUCCCUUUCUCUUGUGUAGGUCUGCGUUUGGGGUAAUAUUUAGUUGAAGUUGGAAAAAAUAGUAUGUACUUGAUAUUGAAGUUAAAAGAAGUUUGUGAAAGUUGAACUUGUUUUUAGACAUGUCCUCCUAUCCGAUAAGCAUGUGCUUCCCGUGCUGAUCCAAUCCUUAAACU